CCCAAUUUCUCGAUCGAUCGAUUGAUAAACCCUAAAAGCUCAUUAUUGGAUCUCUCUGGGCAUUGUUGUUCGAAAUUGAUCUCUCUCUCGCGCUCUAUCGGGAAAAAUGUCGUCUGCAGGAACAUCGAAAGGGGUUCUAGAGAUCGUAAAGUUCGGUGUCUACGUCGCAGUUCCGAUCGUUCUUAUGUAUACAUUCGCCAACAACAGUACCAAUAUCAAGAAAUUCAUGGGCAAUCGUUCAUAUGUUGUCUAUCCUGAAGAGGCACCUCGACCUCCUUCACCCGAUGAGCUAAGAGAGAUGGCACGAGAGCUUGCCCGUAAGAAGAACAUCUCUUGAGUUGAUGAGACGGGAAGGGCUUAACAGGAAGUUUGAUGUUAUCUGUAAUAGUAAAUUGCUCUACGUAGCAACUUGGUAAUAAGGUUAUGUUAUGUUGUUGAUUCCUGUAAGAUCAAAAAGUGGAAUGUAUUAAGAAAAGCAAUAAUGAAGAAGAGGUGGCAUUUGUUUUGUUCAAGAACCUUGGUUAUUUAUCGGGGUAACUUAUAUACACAUCUAUUGAUAAAUAUUUUCUAAUUGAA